AACUGUUAAGCUCAGUAGAUAGGGUCGAUUUUUGAAACGGGCAUUUUUCAAAAUCUAUGAAUGUACCUUACGUCUUCAAAAAUAAUAGACAUUCUCCUAAGAAAAUUUCCUUCUAACUAUAGCGGUUAAGGUAGCAGCCCUCGCUCCGCCCCUCGCGAAAAUUCACCCCAGAAAUUGUUGCACCAUGGAUAUUGGACGUGGCGCUAGCCAAAGAUCAAAAUGGAUUCCAUCUACAUAGCAAUAUUAUUCAAACUCAUCUAAUGAAUUUUAAUGGACCCGUGGAACAUUUUGCUGCUAAUGAAACGUGAUUUUUCAGAAUUGGAGCCUUCGCAGUGUGGCUUCCGACGAUACUGAAUCAGUUUGUCAGUAUGAUUGAAACAGGGGAAGGUACCAACCUGACAGUAUGCGGGGUCUUACGGCUAGGUAUAGAAAAUCCUGUCGAACCAGAUCCUGACGCAGUGCCGUGCGCCCUCAACGUAACCGCUCUUCUUAUGGUGCUGUUGGUGGGAGUAUUACAGUCCGUUGUCAACAGUCUUAUGAGUCUGGUAGUCAACAGAGUCGGCCGCCGUAACCUUGUGAUGGUGAUCAGCUCUGUGUGCGGAGUCUGUGGUAUCCUAAUCAACGUCGUACCCAACGCGUACGGCAGUAUCACGCUUUUCGGAAUAUUCUUAGUGGGCAUCAUUGUCAUCGGGCUGUAUACUGCUGUCAUCGUUGCCUUGUUCCCAACUAAUUUGAGAGCGUUGGCCAUAGCAUUGCCAAUGAUGUGCGGACGCAUAGUAACUUUCGCAGUCGUACAGAUCUUGAACGUAUUGUUUUCGACCAACUGCGACGCUGGCUUCUAUGUAUUCACUACUGUUUACGCUUCAUCUGCAAUAGUUGCAUCGUUCCUGCCCGAUGAUCGAAAAUUAGCAUCUCCAGUGGCGCCAUCUCAAAAAAAGGAAUUAAUAAAGAUAGAAGAAAUAUCACAAAAUAAUUUGACUAAACUGUGAAAAACAACUACUUAUUUUAUGCAAAGAAACUAUUUCCAAAAAUACUUAUACGGAAAUCUCAGAAGCGAUUUAGUACUUAAAAUAAAUAAUAAUUAUUUAU